AUGUCUGUGGAAGCUGGUCGAACAUGUUUCCUAAUUGAUUCCAUUCUUGACACGAAACCUAAAGAAGAAUUUAAUGAGACAGAGGAAGAGGAUGACGAGGAUGAGGAGGAGGAGCUCUCGAGUUCAGAAGUUGCCAGGUGAGAGUUCAUUUCGUUUCUUUUCCCCCUUGUCCCAUUUCUCUAUUUCUUCUAAGCUCCUUCGAUAUCACUCUUCUGUUUUCAAAAUGUCAGUGGUCAUUCUGUAAGAGCUUCAAAAGUAUUGUGGUCAAUGUUAUCCGCGUCUAAUUCCACCGCAUUCACAUGAUGCGCUACAAUCGAACCACUCCAAAUUUCGGUCAUAGAAAGACGAGUGAGAUGUGCGUGAGCGUUACCUCAACCACAAGACAACAUUGUCCAAAAGUCAGAAGUAUAUUGGGGGAUCAAGGCUCGACGUCAUAUGCGGAACCUUAUGCGCGGGUCACCUUAUCUUCCAAUUCAAUUACAUUUCGGGAGUUGAAUCAAACUUAAUCCUACAAUAUCUAUACAUAUUCAGUGGGUGGAGACCCGAUUCCCGUAAUUACACCACUUUCAAAUAAAUAGCUUUAAACUUGUCGGCGUUUGCCUGUUCGUCGCCCGAAAAACAAUGAUUUAGUCAUGCACAUUUCUGAAAAUUUGGGAACAAAAUGAAGAAAAGUUAGCUACCAACAUCUCACUACCGUUUUCCCGUUCUUCACUCGUUUACCAUUGUUCUUGACAUUUGUUUUCCUCUCGCCUUUUGCGACACCUCACCUACUAAGUGGUACAACAUUGUUUUCCGGCGCCUAUUUUUUGAAUAAUUCACACGUGUUUGAAGACCUGACUCGCAUCUCAUCUCAGAAAACAUUCCUCUUACUCAACUAGAUUUUUUCAGUGAGAACGAUAUGGAGACGGCAUCCGGAAGCACUCCGGUGGACUCUCAGCCUAAGCAAGAUCUCUCAGCGCUUCACAAAAUCAUUACUUCCUUUGAUGCGAACAAGUUCGCAGCGCUGCGCCGAAAUGGUCAUCCGAUGCUUGUGGUAAGCAGAUGAAAGCAAAAUUAAAUCAAUUCCAAGGUUAUAUGGUUUCAGCGCCCCGAGUUCUUUCAAUUCGAACUGAGCAAACAGCUGCACCUUGUCCAGCAGACAAUUCAAAUGAACGUGCUACAAAACCUCGGACACUCCCUGCCACUCUCUUUUGUUCCGCCGAUUAUGAAAAGUACAUUAACUUUUUCCGAUGCACUAAUCCCAACUUUUUCGAUUACAGACGUGACCCCAGUUGCCAAACGGAAUCACACCAAAAGAACCUCAUACUUGGACCAGUCUCUAAAAAAUAACAUGAAAAAGUAUCGGUGUGAUGUUUGCGAGAAGACAUUCAGCCGAAGUAACACUUUGAUCACCCACAAGGUAACCACUAAUCACUACGUUUCCCCGCCGAAAAAAGUGAGGGUGUAGAACAGCAUCACAUCACUUUUUGGCUAUUUGCAUAUCACUGAAACGUUGUUUUCGAACUUCCAAAGUGAUGUUAAAUUAUGUCACAUCAUUCUGCAAAUUGAACCGAGGAGAAACAGAAUCUGACGAAUUCGUUUUUUAAAAAAACCAGCUCAAAUUAUGACGUUUUUUAAGUUCGGUUUGCAGCGUAUUCAUACCGGGGAGAAACCAUUCAAAUGCGAGCAUUGUGGCCGGGCAUUUCGCCAACCCGGAAAUUUGACACGUCAUCGACUGACUCACACAACGGUACCACCGCUACCAUCAAAGAGACUGGACGGAAUUGAAUUGAAUGAUUUCAGGUCAAGCCCUACGUGUGUGGAUUGUGCGACAAAGCCUUCAACCGUGCCUCGAAUCUUCAUACUCACAUGAGAACACAUUCGAACAUGUGA